AUGGCGAACAGUCGGUACGAGUACGUGAAGCAGUUCGAGCAGCCGGACAGACUGCUGCCGCACUGCUGGAUCGUCAUUCGCAUCGACGGCCGGGGGUUCAGCAAGUUCGUGACGGACCACGCGUUCGAAAAGCCCAACGACGAGCGCGGGCUGCGGCUGAUGAACGCGGCCGCGACGGCGGUCAUGGCGCAGGUGCCGGACAUCGUGUUCGCGUAUGGCGUGAGCGACGAGUUCAGCUUUGUCGUUCGCCGUGACUCCAACCUUUAUGAGAGAAGAGCCAGCAAGCUGAUAUCAGUGGUGGUGUCUCUAUUCGCAGCCUCCUUUGUCCACCAGUGGCCCAACCACUUUCCAUCACAGCCGCUGCUCGCGCCACCGUCCUUUGAUGCGCGUGCUGUGCUCUACCCCUCCACCGCUGUGCUCCGAGACUACCUCUCCUGGCGCCAAGUGGACUGUCACAUCAACAACCAGUACAACACGUGCUUCUGGAUGCUCGUCAAGUCUGGCCUCUCACCCAAAGAGGCGCAGGACACCAUUAAGGGCACGUUGGCGGAUGCGAAGAACGAGCUGCUGUUCACGCGCUUCGGCAUCAACUACAACGACCUGCCCGCCAUCUUCCGCAAAGGCUCCUCCCUCUUCCGACGACAGGUGGAGGAGCAGGUGGAGGGCAAGCAGCACCCAGACGGGCGGCCCGUGGUGCGCAAGCGAUCCAAGCUGCUGGUCGUGCACGAUGACAUCAUCGCUGACGCUUUCUGGGCGGCAAACCCACAUCUGUUGGGGGAGUAA